ACGAGCAUAAUAAGAUAUUUAGGGUAGCAAUUCGUGUAACAUUUCUAUAUAGAUUUGAAGUUUGAUGUGCUGCCAAUAACUCAUCAUUUUGUCACUAUACUAUAUACUAAGUAUAUUUAACCACUCCUCUCAUCUCUUCUGUUACACUUACACACUCUCAUAGUCAUAGACUUGUUUUAAUUUUCUCAAUUUUUUCUCUUCCUCCUCAAUCCUCACUCUACCAAACCAAACCAAACCAAAGGAAGAAGAUGGAUUUGAUAACAAAUGUUACUGAGUUUGAAGCAAUUGCAAAAGAAAAAUUGCCAAAGAUGAUUUAUGAUUACUAUGGAUCAGGGGCAGAGGACCAAUGGACUUUGAAAGAAAAUCAAAACUUUCGAGAGAUUUGGAAAACAUAUUCAGACGUCUAUUUGUGAAAGGGCAUAAUAAUGUCUAUUCACAUGUCAGCAUAAUAAUGUUUGUGAUAUUUGCAUUUUUCAUCCUUGGACGAUAUUUGUGGUAUUACUAAUUUGUAAUUAAAUAACUCUAUAACCACGUAUAAUUUUUAUGUAAGAAAUUAAAAGUGUUAUAAUUAUAAACAAAAAAUAUGUGGAAAGUAUUUAGAAGUGGGUAUUAAUUAGGAAGCCCUUAGAAAUAUAUCUAGAGUUAUCUAUUUGUACCUAUAAAUACUUCAUUGUACUUGACAUUAAGGAUCAAGCAAAUUGUGAGUUUUCUAUUAGAAAUAUUUUCCUUUAUCUAACAAAGUGGUAUCUAGAGCUUGGUUGUGAGAGUUGAAAAAUGGUGACUCGUGACUACACUACUUUCCACUUUUCUUUUCUAAAAAAAGAGAAUUAUGAAAAAUGGUGCAUUCGCAUGAAAGUAUUGCUUGACUCUCAAGGUGUAUGAGAGAUUGUUAAAAGAGGUUAUGAUGAGCCACAAUAUGAAGAGUGAUUGUCUUAAGUUGAGAAGGAGGUUUUGGCAAAGACAAGGAACAAAUAUCAACAAGUCUUACUCUCAUUCAUCAAUGUUUGGAUGAUUUAUGUUUGAGAAGGUUGUCGAUACUACAAAUUCAAAGGAAGCUUGGAAGAUUUUGGAGAAAUCACUCAAAGGAAUUGACCAAAUGAAGAAGAUAAGACUUCAACCUCUAAGGGGAGAUUUCAAAGCUUUGAAGAUGAAAGAUUCUGAAUCAGUUUCAGAUUAUUGCUCAAAGGUGAAGACAAUUGUUGAUCAAAUGAAGAGAUAUAGAGACGAGAUAGAAGAUGUUCUUGUAGAGGAGAAAAUUAUUCGUUUCUUGACUCAUAAGUUCAAUUAUGUGGUGUGUGUUAUUGAGGAAGCAAAAUAUUUUGACUCAAUGUCCAUUGAGGAAUUAGAAGGUUCAUUGCAAGCUCAAGAAGAAAGAAUGAAGAAAGGGAAAAAAGAGUCAUUAGAACAAGUUCUCAAGAUCAAAGCUUCGUUGAAGGAUGACAGAGGAUUCAAUAGUCAAAACAUAUGUGGACGUGAACAAGGAAGAAGAAGAAAAUGUGGUCGUGACUAUUAACGUUUCAGCAAGGAUUCAAUGAUUGCGUUUUACUAUUGAAUUAUGUUUAAUUAU